ACAGCGAUGUGUCGAGGACUUUAAACACACCGUGUCAUACAGUGGUGAAAGGAGGGAGACCGCGCCGUGCUGGAUCCUAUACCGCAACACUUCUGAUGCAAUGAGUCCAACCUGACCCAAUGCGUCUGACGACUGACUUUCAGCGCGCGAUGCUCUGACUGCCGAGUGUUUAUAUGGAGACACCCUAAAAAACAGUCAACCGGGAAAUGGUAACACAUGAACCUCCUCACUGGAAGGAACAUGGUUGAGAGGAGCAGUAAAUUUCUGUUCAUCGUUGUCGGCUCGGUUCUGUUCAUGCUGAUUUUGUAUCAGUACGUGGCUCCGGGGAUGAUGAACUUCGGCUCUCCGCACGGCUACAUGCUGGAAGACGAUGCGGAUCUCUUCCCGACUCCUGAUCCCCAUUACGUCAAGAAAUUCUAUUUCCCCAUCAGGGAUCUGGAGCGGACCGUGGAUUUUGAAAUCAAGGGGGAUGAUGUGAUCGUGUUCCUCCACAUCCAGAAGACCGGUGGGACCACGUUCGGGAGGCACCUGGUCCAGAACGUCAGGCUGGAGGUUCCGUGCGACUGUAGACCGGGACAGAAGAAGUGUACCUGUUACCGACCCAAUAGGAAAGAAACCUGGCUCUUCUCACGGUUCUCCACCGGUUGGAGUUGUGGCUUACACGCGGACUGGACCGAACUGACCAACUGCGUACCGGGGGUUUUGAACAAAAAGGAGAGCAGGAUGAAAAAUCAAAGGAAGUUCUACUACAUCACACUCUUACGGGACCCUGUGUCCCGCUACCUGAGCGAGUGGAGACACGUACAGCGAGGGGCCACAUGGAAAACCUCCCUGCACAUGUGCGAUGGACGAACACCUACGCCGGAGGAGUUACCCCCCUGCUACGAGGGCACCGACUGGUCAGGGUGCACGUUACAGCAGUUCAUGGACUGUCCAUACAACCUGGCGAAUAACCGACAGGUGCGCAUGCUGGCCGACCUCAGCCUGGUGGGCUGCUACAACAUGUCCUUUAUCCCGGAAAAGAAGCGGGCGCAGGUGCUACUUGAGUCAGCCAAGAAGAACCUACGAGACAUGGCCUUCUUUGGCUUGACGGAGUUCCAGCGGAAAACGCAGUAUUUGUUCGAACGGACCUUCCGUCUCAAGUUCAUCCGGCCCUUCAUGCAGUAUAACAGCACGCGGGCUGCCGGUGUUGACCUCGAUAAUGACACGAUACAGCGUAUCGAGGAGCUCAACGACCUGGACAUGCAGUUAUACGACUACGCCAGGGAUCUUUUCCAGCAGCGCUACAUGUACAAGCGGCAACUGGAGCGAAGAGAGCAGCGCCUAAAGAACCAGCCUCUUUUUCCCUUUCGGCGGACGUCCAGUUCCGACUCUACUUUCAGGGAUGACGCGCCAGAGUCCGAAGGAUCUCGAUUGCCCACGGAGGACUAUAUGAAUCACAUUAUCAACCGCUGGUAGCAGUGCUGGGGGGAGGGAGACGGAAAAUUAAAGGUUGACGAGGAGGAUAAGGCUGUGAUCUCCUAGUCAAAUUAAAUAGGCGAACGAGAAGGAGAUGAAACUUUAAAGCGCCACCAUUAAAAUACGGCCCUCCCCCCCUUCUUUGCUCUGUGGGAUCGAUAGUCCAAGUCGAACUCCAUAUGCAGGACAAUUGGCGCACUCUUGGUUGGUAGCCUGAAGACUUUGCACGCCAGGUCAGAAAUGUAACUAACUUAAAGCACUGAACUUAAAACUAGGUGAAGACUUUUACGGAAGUAAGAGAAAGAUACAAAAAAAAAAAA